AUGCGUAUACGUGCCCACAGCCUCCAACAAAAGAACGCCAAGCCCCAAGAUGGCGAAAGAUUAUUGAAAGCAAACGAAUAUAUCUACCGCCUGGAUUUCAUCAAGCAGAAACUUCGAUUUAUAUGUUGGAAGGUCCAUCUUAAAUCACCCGGCAAGGUGGUCAUCACGGGGACCUCUCAACACUGGACACCAGACCUCACCCCCCUCAUGACCCGCCAGCUACUUGACCCAUCGGCCAUCUUCUGGAUGAAACCAGGACAGGAUGAGGUUGAAUGCAAUGAGGCAGAUGUCCAAGAAUUUGGAGAAAGGUUGUGUGAGCUAGCCAAAAUUCGAAAGGUCAUGUUCUUCGUCCUCACCUUCUUAGAUGGAGCAGAACCCUCCAAUAUUGAAUGUUCUAUUGCUUUUAAAGCCUGA